AUGAAUGGUCUAGCAGAGUUAGAAGAAUCGGCCAAUGCAGAAUUACAACGUUUACAAAGACAAUUACGCACCCUUCAAUUGGAGUUAAGAAGUCUAUUGGAUUAUAAAACCAAACAAUUGAAAAAACAAAAUCAUAUUAUCAGUGUUUUGCAGCAGGAGCACAAGCAGUUGACCAAUGAAAUUAACACCUUGGAAGGGGGUACACAUGCCAAAAAGAAUGUUAAUAAAGAGAAAAAGUUAAUGUAUUUACAAAACCAAGAAUCUGAGGUACAACGUAUAUUGGCCAAUGAGCGCAUAAAUCUGUGGGAAUUGGAGGGUCAUAUCAAAAAGAUGGAAAAGGAAAUUGAUGGCUUGCGUAGAUUAGAAGUUCCCGAUAGUUGUUAUAAGGAUACAAUUUGUAAGGUACAAAAGAGUGUGGUUAAAUUGGAGAAUCGUUUGGAUGUGGUGAAUAAAAAGUGUAGUGAUGUAUUGACGGAGAACUCGAAAUUAAGGGAUUCCAUUAAUCAUAUGCUGCAGGAUAGAGCCAACUUUAAUGAAAUGUGGCAAUCCAUGGUCACCCAAUUUAAUGAAGGCAAAAAAUAUAUUAUGGAUCUGAUUGAUCAGUCUACAUUGGCUUAUGAUCAGCGUGAGGAAUUGUGUAAUAAGCUGCAGGUGUUAAAAGAUCGCAAUGAAAAUGAUAAAAUAAUGCAUAUACAGGAAAUGCGUGAAAUGCAAAGACGUUUGGAGCACGAUGCCAAAUUACAAAAAUUCUUUGAUAUUAAGGGACAAAAACGUCUCAAUCCGGAACUGGAACAAAGGGAGACUGAUAAGAAAUUGGCACAAAAGGAGGCCUUCGAGAGACAAUUGUCGGAGUACAAGGAAAUUAUAGAUAGAAUGAAGGAACUUUAUCAAGAAUCAGACACUCAAAAGUUAACGGUUCAAUUCAAAAGACAGGAAGAGGAAAAUUUUGCUCUAUUCAGUUAUGUCAAUGAAUUGAGCCACGAGGUGGAGGUAUUGAAUGAUACCACCCAGGAGUUAUCGGAUGAAAUAGAACGCCAAAAGGCUGAGUUGCUGGAAAAAGAAACCUUGCAGAAAACUGAAGCUUUGGACUAUCUAAACGAACAGCUGGAAAAGGCAGAACUACAAAACAAUGAAGCCAAAGAAAAAUUACGACAUUUGGAGCUGCGUUUACAACAAAUGCUAUUGGGCAUUUCGGAAAUAUUCAAACAAUUAUCCUGUGACGAUGCCCCUAUUUUAAAUGUUUUGUGUUCCAAAACCUCUAUGACCUCACACAAUGUCAAGCUGUUCAUAGGUGUCAUAGAGAAACGCAUUAACAAUAUAAUCAAUGGCAUUAAUAUAGAAGAUUCUUCCAAUAAAAUCCUGGCUAAAAAAGAUCGAAUACCUAAGUUUAAUGUUAAAGAAUCGGCCAAAAUGAAAAAAUAA